AGUCACAUUUCGGUCUCUGCUCUGAGAAUUUAUCCUGAGCAGCCCCUAGUAGGUUAUUACUUCUUUACAACUGAGACAUGAUCAUUUUAAUAUAUCUAUUUGUCUUGCUGUGGGAAGAGGCUCACGGAUGGGGAUACAAGAACGGAAUUUUUCAUAACUCCAUAUGGCUUGAACAAGCAGCAGGCGUAUACCACAGAGAAGCGCGGUCUGGCAAGUACAAGCUCACCUACGCAGAGGCAAAGGCGGUGUGUGAAUAUGAAGGUGGCAGACUCGCCACCUACAAGCAGCUAGAGGCAGCCAGAAAAAUCGGAUUUCAUGUCUGUGCUGCUGGGUGGAUGGCCAAGGGCAGAGUUGGAUACCCCAUUGUGAAGCCAGGGUCUAACUGCGGAUUUGGAAAAACUGGUAUUAUUGAUUACGGAGUCCGUCUCAAUAGGAGUGAAAGAUGGGAUGCCUAUUGCUACAACCCACAUGCAAAGGAAUGUGGUGGUAUCUUCACAGAUCCAAAGCGAAUUUUUAAAUCUCCAGGUUUCCCAAAUGAAUAUGAAGAUAACCAAAUCUGUUACUGGCACAUUAGACUCAAGUACGGUCAACGUGUUCACUUGAGUUUCUUGGAGUUUGACCUUGAAGAUGACCCAGCUUGCUUGGCCGACUAUGUUGAAAUAUUUGACAGUUAUGAUGAUAUCCAUGGCUUUGUGGGAAGAUACUGUGGAGAUGAGCUUCCAGAAGACAUCAUUAGUACAGGUAAUGGCUCUAAAUUGAGGAGCGAAACUGAUUUCUUUUCUCAGUGUCAUCAAAAGUGA